AUGAUCGAAUUUCCCUUUUUUCAAAAUAGAUCCAAACAGAAAGAAUUGGACGAUAUCUAUGAUGUACUUCAUACAAAAUUGGAUCAGUUCACUAUACAUUCAAUUUAUUCUAAUAUUUAUAUGAAACAAUUAAACAGUAUUUUAGAGAGAUUGUGUAUUAUACGUGAAGAAAUAAUUAAACCCAUAACCAUUGAUCUGAUCAAUAAAAAUUCAAACAAUAUUGUUUCACUUAUUAAUAGCCAUGAUUUAAAUACUUCAGAAAUUUAUCAACUUCGAGAAAAAGCUCUACAAUUAAUUUCAAAUAUAACUUCAAUUGAGUUAAAAUCAAUAAUUUUGAAAGAUCCAAAUCAUUAUAUCAACUUAAUAAUUCAUAUGAAAUGGAAACUUCAAGAAUUAGAUAAUUUAGAAUUUCAUCAUGAAAGUAUUCAAUUAUUCAAUAAUCAAUUAACUUUAUUCUAUUCAUCUUUAAUUAAUAAUAAUAAUACACCAGUUCAACAACAAAAUAACUGUGAUUCUAUUAAAAGUUUAGCUUCUAGACGAAGAGAAUUUUUAAUUCAAUACGAUAUACAAUGUAAAUUCUUCUUUGAAAAAUUAAAUUUGAUUAAAGUACAAUUUGAAAUUAUCAAACAAAUGUUCUCAUGUUGUAUGAAACAAGAUAUUCUUAAUAAUAGUGAUGAUUUAAUAGAUUCACAUUCAUCACAAUCACCAUUUAUCAAUGUUUAUGCAUGUUUCAAUACUAUGAAACAGUUCUUAAAAUCAUAUUUUGAACAGUUGAAAGAUUAUAUUGGGAUAUUAGAUGCUUUUCACUACUGGAUAAAUCAAGUGGAAGGUGAAUUUCAAGCUAUCAAACAAAAUGGUGAUACAUAUACUUUGACAGAUAUUUAUUAUACAAAAGAAAUGCAAAUUUAUAUGGAACCUUUGUAUGAAUCUGUUGUGAUACAUUUGAAGCAAGUGAGGGAUAUCGUAGUCAGUCGCUUAACCAAUCUACAUAAUCGUUUAACUGUAUUAAAUCAAUUACAAAUUAAUUUUAUACAACAUUGGAAUUACAAGUCUUCCAUUCAUCGUUACCGUACUCAAAGUUUAUGCUCUAAUACAGCUUUAAAAUGUCCUCCGGUAAAGAUAAAAAUUCAUAAACGAUCCAAUUCAUCAUCAUCAUUAAUAACAAGUUUCCAUCCUACAGACAUUAUUACAGAUCAUCCAAUCAGUUUAACAUAUUUUUCAGGGAAGAAUGAUCUGUCACUGAAUUGUUCGUCAAGUUUCUUCAAGAAUAAAAAAUUGAUUAGAAACAAUGAUGCACUAAUUACUGACAUAAUUUGUAGUUUCAAGCAUUCGAGGAAUUCCAUACAAUCACCAUGCACUGAAUCAACUUCAUCUACUUUAUGUUAUUCACAAAAUGAAGAAAAUAACUCAAAUUUGGAAGAAAUAAGCACACAAAUUAUCACAGAAACAUUACCGGAAGUUAUCGAUUCAAAGAAUAAUUCACCUGAUAAAAUCAUGUCAUUCCCUACAUCAAUCAGUUUUGACGAGGAUUUCAAUCUUACACAUGACAAUGGUCAUGUUAUAAAAGAUUGGACAACUAAGAAGGAAAAAUUGAUCGAGAAUUUUUCAAGUUUUAUUCAGGAAUAUGAGGUUUGUAGUAAAAACAAUACAGCUAUUCAAACUGAGAACAGGUUGGAGGAUAGAUGUACUAAACAGUUCCACUCUGACGAUCACUAUUUCGGUUCAAUGAAAGAAACUUUGCAUAAGGGAAAUUCGUAUGCUUCCGUUCCAUCAUAUUUGCACAUAUCUAAUGAUAUUGAUGCUUCAUCAUUAUCCUCAUGUAGUACAGAAAAAUGUGCCAACUUUAUGUUGAAUGGCUGUUCACUGCAUACAUUGCUUUCAAAGUCGUAUAACAAUUUACUGCAGAUUACAAAGAGAUUUCAAUCAAGUUUAAUCAAUUUUAACAAAACCAAUCUUACAGUAUUAAACAAUAUCAAUUUAGAUAAUGAGUUGAAAAUCGAUCAAAAUAUCUUUGAUGAUGAAACUCAGCUAUCUAUCUUGAAUCCACUUCAUUCUCCAUUGGUAAUCUAUUUAGAUCGUAUCCUGAACUACUUCAAUACUACAUCUGAUAAAAAUGAUUUAACUGUUGAACAAAAUGAAUUAACAUUUAUAGAACAUAAUCUAACCAAUAUGUGGAAAUAUUUUAACGAAAUUAUUUUAAAUAUGAAAAUGAAUAGUAAACAGUUUAACUUAGCCGAUGAUUUCAUGAAAUUGGUGGAUAAUAACAUGGUAACCAUUUAUUUCGAAAAUACAUCUUCUGAUUUAUUUGAUCAAUUAAUCAUAUUGACUAAUGAAAUUCAUUCAUCAAUUAGAGAUUUAAAUAAACAUUUGUCAAAAUUAUCCUCUUUUGAGCAUGAACCAUUUCCAUUGCCAAAUUUAUGGUGUACUUUAUUUAAAACAACAGAUUUAUUAUGCAUAGAAAUGAUUUAUUCACGUAUUUUGAUACUUAUUUUCUACUAUGCCUACAAAUCAUUGUUAUUUAUUUAUGAUAUAUUAAGUAUAUAUAGUGUUAGUCGAAUCAAGAAUACAUUUAAAAGGAAUUCGAGUAAUAACUUCAUGGAUACUUCAAAUAACAAUUAUCUGAUAAUCCUCCUGAAUGAAUUCAAUUACUUACAAUAUAUUUUAAAUCAAAUAAAUCCAUCUAAUUUUUAUCAUUCAAUCAAUCAACAAUCUAAUGAAUUUUUAAUACAGUUUACUACAAUUUAUUUAUUAAAUAAAUAUAAUUCUGAUCAAUAUUCAAUAAAUUUAUUUAAUCUAUUAAAUUCAUUUAUUGAUUGUUUUAAUCAAUCAAUUAAUUUUCCAUUAAAUAUUAUUAAAACAAUACAAAGUAAUGUCAAAUCAAAUGAUUCCAUUCAUGACAAUGAUGAUGAUGUUAUAAUGUCGAAUAAUACAUUGAAAAAUCUAAUCAUCAUGGAUUCAUCUAGCUGUGUGAAAACAUCAAUAACUAUGAAUUCAUUAAAAACUGUACAGAUUUUCAAAUAUUUAUUCAUUGUCAUUGAAUUGUUAGUUAAUAUACCAGUAUUAACAAUGAAAGAAUUAGAAAAUAGAUAUCAUAAGAAUUUGGCGUUAUUUUCUCAGAUUUAUUCUAUUUGUUAUCGAUUACAUCUCCUGAACGAAUCCAGCAACACUACGACAGAGGAUAAUCAACCACUACAGUAUGAAGAAUGUAAAUCACGUAUUCAACAACAACAGCAACAACAACAAAUAACAGAUCUUAUCACUCAAGGUUUAGAUUUAAACCACAAAUUAGUGAUAUGGUCUGCAAACUGUCAUAGUCUGCUAGACCGAUGGAAACGAUUAAGCACUCAAGUAGAUUGGUUCAAUGUGCAUAUACAAAACUUAUGGAAUCGAUUACCUGAAACACCAAUGCCAAAUCCACCUCAAUUCAAAUUGGAUUACCUACUAUUGGAGACUAAUAAAAAGAGUCAGUUUAUUAAUGAUAUAAAAUUUAUAUCACCAAUUCAAGUAUCGUACAAUAUUUUAAUUUCUGCAAAUUCUCUAGAUGCAUUAUUAUACUAUAAAAGUUGGAUAGAAAACAUUUUUAAAUCUUUUAAAAGUUUAAUACCUAUUUGUGAGGCUAUUUUGUGUGAAGGUCACUCAUUGACUAAUGAAUUACUUCAUAUAAAUACAAUGAAUAGUCAUGAAAAUGUUGUAGAUAUUAUCGAAAGUGCUCAGAAGACGUCAUCAUCUUCGGAAUCUUUCAAUCAUAAUGAUAAAAAUAAUAAUAAUAAUACAUUUUGGAAUAAAGAGUUUAAAAUAUUUUGGGAUUUAGUAAUUGAAUGGUUGUUCAAUUUACUGGUUGAAUUCAAUCAACAAAUUUUCUAUAUUCAAUUAUUAGAAAAUUGUAUAAAUGAUUUAACAUUAUGGAUUACAUCAAAAAAGAAUCAACUUGAUCCUAUUAUGAAACAAUAUAAAAUUCAAAUGAAACAAUAUCCAAAUGAUUUAUAUCGAAAUAUUAAAGGAUUCAAUGAAAUUGAUUUCAUCAUUAGUGAUUUAUAUGUAAAUGAGAAAAUGGUUCAAUUAAACAAGUUAAAAUUGUACAUUGAUCAAUUGAACAAGAAUCCAUUACAUUGUCAAAAUUAUUUAUUUUAUUCCCGUCUUAUGAAUUCAAGUCAAUGGAUUAUUAAAGUUUAUAAUGAUUGUCUUUUAUAUUAUAAACAAAUUCUAGAUCAUUAUCAACAAAUUAUUCUAAGAAAUAUUCUACAGUUGUCUAUUAAUAAUAAAAACUAUUCAACCAUUUUCAAUGUACUAUACUACUACCAUUCUCAAGAUUGGUUCAAUUUAAUCAUGAAAAGAUUCUCUGAUCAUGAUUUAAAAUUUAUUCAAUUGAAUGGAAUCUCUAAUACGAUCCUUUAUGAUAUAACUCAAAAUCUAUAUCGUCAAUUAGAAAUUCGUUUACCUAUUCUCUUAGAAUUAUACAAUUUAGAACAACAAUUAUGGAAACAUUAUAAAGAUUGUGAUAAUAAUAAUAAUAAUAAUAAUAAUAAUAAUAAUAAUAAUACAAUAAUUUCUUAUUCAGAACAAAUUGUUCAAUGCAAGAAACACAUGGAAACAUUGAAACAAGUUCAAAUCAAUUUGUUAACUGAUCUUAAUGAAUAUGAACAAUUAAAUUUGUGUUUUAAUCAAUUAUUCAUUGAAAUUGAAGUGUUCAAUAUAAAAUAUUCUGAUAUGACGAUAUAUACAGAUGUAGAUAAGAAUUUUUUCUCAAAGUAUAUUUUUAUUGAACUAUUGAAUGUGAAAAAGACCAAUGAAAAUUUAAGAAAACAUUUUAAUUUACGUUUAAUAUCAUUAAAAAAUAAAACUGAACAAUUUAUAUCCAAUUCAAAAUUAACACAAAUGAAUACAUUGAAACUAAUCAUUGACUUUCAUAAAAUUCCCAUGAAUCAAAUCAAUCAAUAUUUAUUUAAAAAUGAAACAUUGAAUACCCUAUUAGAAAAAUUAAAUUUUAUCAAUGUUCAAUUAUAUAACAAUAUUAUUGAAUAUAAUGAUUCUAUUGAAAAUGAUCAAUUAUUGUUAUCAAAUAAUAAUAAUAAUAGUGAUUGUUUAACAUCAGUAGUCAUUGAAAAUUUAAUUAAAUUUUAUCAAUUUUCACAUCAAUUAAUUCAUUUAUAUGGACGAGUAAAUUUUGUACAACAAAUAAGUGAACAAUUUAAUUUGAUCAAAAAUUUUCAUGAUUCUAAAUCAUUUGUCCAUGAUCAUCAUCGUCAUCAUCAGUUGAUCACAUCUUUAUUGUUAAAUUUUCUGAAUGAAAUUGAUGUAUUAAAGAGAUAUUGGGUAUAUAAUGAGAAUAAUGAUAAUGUUAUGAUUCAGACUGAUCAGUCGACUUUUCAACAGUUUAUAAAUUAUGGUCAAAGAAUUUUGGAUUUAUGUCAAUGUAAUUUGAAUUGUUUCAUUUGUGAAUAUAUUCAGUUAUCCACGAAGUCAUUACUAACAGAAUUUACUACAAUUCGUCUUACUGUAGUGGAAAGACUAGAACAGCUUUAUUCCAACCUUCAAAUUCAUAUCAAUCAGUUCGGAAAGUCUCAGACAUUUUACGCGAGUAUUAUGCAUCAAUUAAAACAAUCCAAAGAUAUAUUUGAGGCAAAUAUUAAAGAGUUGUUAAUUGAUAAUCAUUGCAUAUGUAGUUCACAUCUAUAUGGUUAUAUUGUUGGGAAUACCAACCUUAACCUUGAUAAUCCUGUUUUUGAUCAAAUACCAUCUAGUUUAUCUUUAGUUAAUCUAGCUAAAUCUGCUUAUCAACAUACUUUAUUGUCUAAUGUAAAAGAAUUUUCUACUAAAUCGAUUAAAGAAUCAACAUUUUCAUUGAAUGAGGAAAUUUCCAAUUUGAUUCAAUUAACAAACUUAUAUUUAUGUCGAAUAAAACAUGAACGUAUACUUUGGAUAAAUUCAAUAGAAUAUUUACAAUCAAUUCAAUUGUAUCCAACUGGUGUAUUAUCAUCGAAUGAAAACGAAUUGGAACUUUGUAAUUCUCAAACUGACAAUAUCAUGAAUUUAGUGGAAACAAUUAAAAAUACUAUUUCAAUUAAUUUAUUUAAUGGUGGCAUUCACAAUUUGUAUAAUUUAUUAUCAUCUAAGUCAAUAAUGUUUAAUGUAAAAUUAGAAUACUUCAAUAACUUCAUGAAACAUUUCACUAAUGAUAACCUGAUCAACAAGAAUGUGAUGAACAGCAAAGAUGAUUGUUAUGAUUGUGUAAAUUCAUAUCUGUUACAAAGAUUUAGUUUAUUAGAACAAAAUAUUAUCCGUUCAAUCGAGAGUUUGUUUGUAACAACCAAUGAACAUCCAUUCAAAUUCAAAUUAGAUGAUAUUAUCAAACAGUGUAUCAGUGUGAAUUCAUGGUAUAAUGAAUAUAUUCAAUUAGAACCAUUAUUCAUUCAUGUUUCUACGUACUCAUUCACUGUAAAAAGAUCUCAUCAGACCAUCUGUAACCAAAUUAACAAUGCUGCUAUUUUGCCAAACACUAUUUUGACAAGUGAUUGGCUUAUUCUUGGUAUUCGUUUACAUCAGCUCAAAUCAGUGUUACAUAUCAUUAUGAAUCAAUGGAUACAUUUUGUAUCUGUAUGCAAUAAUAUUAAUGCUUUGUUAAAUAAUAUGGAAUUAUCAAAUGUUAUGAAUCAAGUAUAUCCACAGAAAUCCGGAUUUUCAUAUAUACACCAGUCUUUAUGGUCUUUUAAUUAUCAAGAGGUGAUAGACGAGUUGAAAAGACAACAAAUACUAUUCAACAGCCUAUUUGUUAACGAAGAGAAAAACUGUUCACAUGAUGUUACCAAUGGUUUGAUGGAAACAUUUCAAAAUUCAUCAUCUUCAUCGUCUAUCGUUCCUGAUGAAGUGAAUGAUGGUAUUAUACAUAAUUGUUAUAUAACGAACGAGAUAUUUCUUCCAUCUAGAUGUCCAGUAUUCUGUACAAUAUGUCAUAGAAAUCCUUUUAUAGAUAAUAAUAUUAAUAGUGUAUCUUCCAUGAAUGUGUUAAUCAAUGAACAAGAAGAACGUCUCAAAGCUUUAAAUAAAUACAAAGUUGACGACAAAAAGAAUACAUUAAAUUUUGAACAAAAUCAAAUUUAUUUAACUACAUUACAACGUCGAAUAGAUAUGAUUUCAGAAUGGAUUAUACAUUUUAUAGACGAAACAGUACUAUCAUCAUCAUUCAAUGAUGAACUCAAAGAAAAUGCAGAAAUGUAUGUAGAUCAAUUAAUGAAAAUUGAAGAGUUACUUCAAAUUUGUCACAGUGAAUAUGAAAAUAUUAUUGUUUAUUAUGUUAAUGAUAUCAAUGUACAAAUACAAUUAGAUUUAUCAAUACUACUUAUAAAUUGUCUACAAGUAUAUAUUAAUCACUUAACACAAAAGAUUAAAUAUGAAUGUGAAGAGAUUUUAAUAUAUAUCAAGACAAAUGUGAAAUGUUUAAUUGAACAAAUGAAAAUGUUAUCAGUUGAUGUUGAUGAUAUUAUGUGUAUACAAUAUCCAUGUCAUCAAAUUAAUCAGAGGAGAUGUACUUCAUUGAACAAUAUUCAGGAAAUUCAGUUUAAAUUGUUGUAUAUGACAUGUAUUCAUAAUCAUUUGGUUAAUUUAUGUAAAAUAGUCAAUUGGAGCAGCAUAAAUGCUCAUUCGGAUACAACAGUUUUACUGCGUCAAUUUUGUUGUUCCUAUACCUAUUUAAAUCGAAUAAAUCAAUACCUUGAAUACUAUAAUAAUACUUAUCAAGAUGAAACUACCGUUUCAAUAAAACUGGGGUCUGGUUCGACAUUAUCUGCUUUGAAUUCACUUCAAGAAGGAUCGAGACAGAAAAAUUCUAUUGAGGAUAUUAUUCCCGAAAAUGAUAUCAAGCCAAUGUCUCCAUCAUUAUUUCAAGCGGAGUUUGAUUAUUCGUCAAUAACAACUGUGAGAUCAUUCAAUAAAGAAAUCCAGUCAAAUGUUCCUGAUCAAAUAGAUUUAGAUAAGAGUUGUUUAAAAGAGAAACGUAGCAGCGUAAUAUCGAGGAAAUCAUCUGAUUUAUUAAUCACUGAGCCAUCUUCAUCAACAUCACCGUCGUUGUCAUCAUCAGCGUUAUUAUUGAUGGAUUCAAAGAAUAAACAGUUAGUCUCCAAAUCAUACACUGCAAAGUCAACAGAUUAUUCUGUUGAUAAUGAUGACAUCACUUCAAAAAUAGUUAUUGAUAAAAGUCCUAUUAAACACAAUCCCGUUCAUAAAUUGUGUUCAAAUCCGUCGACUAUUGUCACUAAAACAUUUCAAUCGAAUUCUGAUGUGUAUGAUUUACUGUCUCAAGUUAAACUGAGUCUAAUCAAGGUGGAGCGUCAUUUAAAUGAACUGGACGCAUAUCAUGAUGAUGGUGACGACGACGACGAUAAGAGUGUUCAUUCUGUUGAUCAAGUUGGUGAAUCAUUAUCAUUAGCUCAUUUGGCUACAUCAUGCGAUCAGUUGAUAAAAUUCCUGGGUCAACUUAAAGCUUAUGAUUUUCGAAUAAAUUCUACGAAAUCUCUAUUGAAGUCAACUUUACCAAGUAGUAGUACAUCACUUGUUGUUACCACUGAUCAAGACGAACUAUUGAAUGAAUUGAAUAUUGUUUGGCGAAAACUGAUUGUAGGUACAAAAAAAUGGAUUUCGAAACUACAAUAUAAAAACAAUCGUUCAAAUUUAUUGGAUAUAGAUUUGGUUUUAGCCAAUUCACAAUUAAACAACUUUAUCGUUUCUAAUUUAUCAUCAAACAAGUUAAACAAUAUUCAUCAAACCCCUAAAUCAAUAUAUUUAAUUGCUAUGGUGAAACCAAAUUAUAAUAAUAUCAUUUUGAAAAAUAACAAUUUAUCAACUAUUGAGAGUAGAAUGCAAAGUGUACAUAAUGUACAUGCUAAACCUUUGACAAAAUUAUUUGAUCUAAAACAAAUAGCUGGUUUACAGUUUUAUCCUUACCCUGUUCUUCAUCAUGAUAGUAAUGAACAGUCUAAUUUCAGCAAUAAUCUGACAGAAUCAUCAAACAAUAAAAUUAAACAAAUUCAACUUCAUUUUAAUCUAACGAAUUCAAUGCAAAAUAUGUCGGAAAAAUCGAUCAUGCCAAUUAAUACAACUAUCAUCAGUAAUUUCAUGAAUUCAUCAAACUGCAUUUGUAUCAUCAGCACUUCUUAUAAAUCAGGUAAAAUAAACAUAAAAAGUACAUUUAAAAUAUCUUACAAAAGAAAUGUUCAUUUAAACGAUGAACUAUUAAUAAAUUCACCAUUGAAUCAAAUGUCUACAAUAUUGAACAGAAAUAUUUGUGAAAUCAAUUGCGCCAAUAAACAUCAUGAUAAUAAUGGUGCUUCUGAUCUUGAUCUUGAUGGUGAUGAUGAUGAUCAUAAUAAUUCAUUACGUUAUUCAAUUAAUACUGUAUUUAAAAACAACUAUGAUCACUGUAAAUUAUUUAUUCAAAAAAAACUAUUACAAAACAGUUUACCAUUUAUACGUAAUAAUAAACCUCAUUUAUUUUUUGUCUAUAGUUCACCUUCAACAUCACCAUCAUCACCUCUUCCACUGCCUGGUUCUAGUGUUCAUUAUUCACAAUAUCAGAACAGAAGUGUUUUGUAUAGAACGACAUCAUACUUAUCUAAACGUUUAUGUAGUAGUAUAUUCACGAAAUUGUUAUCAUAUUUUAUUUCCUUGUGUAUAGUAUUAUAUCUUAUUAAUUUUCUGGUAAAGUCUUCAUUUUCUCUACCAGAUAAUCUGUUAGUUAUACAUGAAGAAGAUUGUAGACAGCAGACAUCUUCACAAAUAUUCUUUUAUUCAUUAUUGUCAUGGAUUAAACGAAUAGGCGUGGACGGUGUUGAUGUACCACGAAGAAAUGUCAGCUUACUUAGUGAAAAUCCAUUGACUAGAACGUGGCCAGAUAAUGCACCACCGUUUUAAACUAAAAAUCAUACAAAUAUUCAAUAACCUUAACAUGUGUAUGAAUGUUCGAUGAAUAUCACUAUAUAUGGUUGAUUAGAAUGUGAAAGAAAGCACUUUUUAGUUUAUGGGAUUGUACUUCUCAUUUCUUCCCAUUUAUGCAUAUAUGGAAAUAUAUGUAAUAAUAAAAACGCAAUCAGUAUACCUUUGUUUUACUUCUCAUUCAAAAAAUUUUCUGUUCAUUUUGAAAGAGUAUCGAAAUUUACAGCAUGUAUGUUAUCAAUCAUAUCAUGAUUAUACAGUAGUUUUUUAAUCAAAUUCAUCAAUUGCGUACUAAUCUAUUCAACAGUACUAUACUUGAAGAGAUCACGAGAUUACCUAGAAAUCGGCGAACGGAACGAAGGAUCAGCGAAACAACGACAAAAAAGCUAAACUAUUCCAAUGCGUCCAGCCCCGCUAACUAGAGGGAGAAGUUCAGGUUCAUAUGAGGGAAAGUAUAUUCCACAGGCAGCCAGGAGCACGAAUAACAACAACCAUACGACUAAAGCGUAUAUACACAGUGUAAAAAUGUCUUUGGGAAACGUCACAACAUAGCAUAUUAAAAGAGGCAACCAACCAAUGACAUUUCAUCCAUCUGAAGAAGUAGUUUUCUUCAAUAGGUUAUCUCCUAUAAUGGCUUAAAAUGUGAUAUAUAUAUAUA